AUGCCCGUCCACUACCUAAUUCUACUGUCCCGACAGGGCAAAGUGCGCCUCGCAAAGUGGUUCACAACCCUCUCCCCCAAGGAGAAGGCCAAGAUCAUCAAAGAUGUCACCCAGCUAGUGCUGUCCCGCCGGACGCGGAUGUGCAAUUUCCUGGAAUACAAAGACUCGAAAGUCGUCUACCGUCGCUACGCUUCCCUUUUCUUCAUCGCUGGCUGUGCCUCGACCGAUAACGAAUUGAUCACACUGGAGGUGGUGCACCGAUAUGUGGAGCAGAUGGACAAGUACUAUGGCAAUGUCUGCGAGUUGGACAUCAUCUUCAACUUCCAGAAGGCAUACUUUAUUCUCGAUGAGUUAUUGAUAGCGGGAGAAAUGCAGGAGACGAGCAAGAAGAAUGUUCUUCGUUGUAUCAGCCAGCAGGACAGUUUGGAAGAUAUGGAGGAAUCGGAAGAUAUCAGUCGCAAUCUGGAAGAAGUCGGACUGUGA